AUGGCCGACUCCACAAAAACACCCGAGAGCUUCGCCGACCUCGGCAUCGACAGAUGGCUCGUCGACUCCCUCGGCGCCAUGGCAAUCCGCAAACCCACGGCCAUUCAGGCAGCCUGCAUCCAGCCCAUCCUCGAAGGCAAAGACUGCAUCGGCGGCUCCCGCACGGGCUCCGGCAAAACCAUCGCCUUCGCCGCCCCGAUCCUCCACCGCUGGUCCGAAGACCCCACCGGCAUCUUCGCCCUCAUCCUGACGCCCACGCGCGAGCUCGCCCUCCAGAUCGCCGAGCAGCUUACGGCCCUCGGCGCGCCCCAGAACCUCAAGAUCUGCCUGCUCAUCGGCGGCACCGACAUGCGCGCGCAGGCCAUCGCCCUCGCGACCCGCCCGCACAUCGUCAUUGCCACGCCCGGCCGCCUAGCGGACCACAUACGCAGCUCGGGCGAGGACACCGUCUGCGGGCUGCGGCGGGUGCGGUUUGUGGUCCUUGACGAGGCCGACCGCCUGCUGAGUGAGACGUUUGCGAGCGACCUUGAGGAGUGUCUUGGUGCGGUGCCGCCGGCGGGCGUGGGUGCGGGGCGGCAGACGCUGCUGUUUACGGCGACGGUCACGGAGGAGGUGCGUGCGCUGAAGGAGAUGGAGCGGCGCGAGGGAAGGAGGGAGGUGUUUGUGUGUGAGGUGGAUACGGAGAAGUUGGCCAUUCCCGCGACGCUCACGCAGCGGUAUAUGUUGCUUGUGCCGUACACGCGGGAAGCGUAUCUGCACACGCUGCUGAGCACGCCCGGGAACGAGGGCAAGUCGGCCAUCAUCUUCACGAACCGCACGGCGACGGCGAACCUUCUGACGCAUACGCUGAAGCUGCUGGGGCACCGGGUGACGCCGCUGCAUUCGGAGCUGCCGCAGCGCGAGCGCACGGAUUCGUUGGGGCGGUUUCGGGCGGAGGCGGCGAGGAUCUUGGUGGCGACGGAUGUGGCGUCGAGAGGGCUUGAUAUUCCCGUUGUGGAGCUGGUGGUGAACUUUGAUGUGCCCAGGGACCCGGACGACUAUAUCCAUAGGGUCGGGCGUACGGCGCGUGCGGGGAAGAAGGGCGAGGCGAUCACGUUUGUGACGCAGUAUGAUAUCAAGCUGGUGGAGGCGAUUGAGCAGCGGACGGGGAAGAAGAUGGAGGAGUAUGUGGAUGAGCCGGGCGUGUCGCUUGAGGGGCGGGUGGUGCGGGAGACGCUGCAGGAGGUGUCGGAGAAGAGGAGGAUGGCCAAGAUGGACAUUGAGGAGGGCAGGAACGAGAAUGGGAAGAGGAAGAGGAAGUUGAUGGAUAGUGCCAAUGGCAUGGGCAGGAGCAAGAAGAAGAUUACCGUAGAGAAAUAG